CUCUCGCUCCGCGGCUUUUCGUCAACAAGCAAAAGCAUGAUGAAAAGAAGGCGGUGCGUAGAGCGGCGCGUAUGAAUAGCGGAAACCAAGUCCAUAUGGAAACAAAUUCUGUAAGCAGAAGAUAUGAAACAAGGAGAAAUGCAAAAGCAGAGGAGCCAGUAACCAAAUCACGGGUUGACUGGAGGCGGACGAAGAGAAGAAGUAGAUUGCUUGAUAGCGAGGAAGAGGGUGAUGGUGAUGACCUUACGUCAUCAUCAGAAAAGAAUCCUGAAACCAGUUCAGGAAGUGAAGUGGAUGAAGAAGAAAAAGAGGAAUCCGUAUUAAGUAGGAGUAAAGAUGAAAUUGUGGUUAAUGUGGAUAGCCCUCCCGUUACUGAGUCAGGCGGUCCUGCUGGUGCAGCAGAGGACACGGAGGAAGAAAACAUCAAUGUGGGGAAGCACAAGAGGUCUCGGUCAUCUGUGAUGUAUGACAGCGAAGAGAGUGAUGACAGUGAUAUUGUUAGGAAAGUCUAUGCUAAACGCAGUUGCAUAAUUGACGAGGAAGAUGUACCUGCUGUACAGGAGCAACACGGAUCGCCUGCCGAAGCAGCAGCAAGUAGAAAAAAGGAAAGACUUGUGAAACUGCAGGAACUGUCCAAACGGCGAUCUACGCAUAAUGUCAGUGAUGGUCAGGAGGAUACUGAAGAUGAUGUGAUAUUAGAAGAUUCCUGCCAGUCACCCUCCACACCAGUUGUAAUCAGUGAUUCAUCUGAAGAUGAUAGUAUGAAAGAUUUCAUAGUUGAUGAAGAGGAAGAAGAGGCAGAGCUGGAAAAAUCUGAUGAGGCUGAAAACCAGCGACAAGCUGUGUCAAGCCAUCUGUUGGACCACUACAUUCCAUCCUGGCGUCGUGUUGACCAUUUUGUCCAUUUCCAAAGAGUUGUAAAGGCUUUUCUCAUUAAUGCAAUGGAUGAAACAUUUUUGAUCUCCCUGUAUGAUGGGGAAAGGCAAAAGAAGUAUGCACAGGAAAUGCUGAUGGCACUCCGUUACUUGGAUGACCGUUUUAUUCGACCUCGUCUUGAAAAUUUACACUCUCGAAGUCGCUGGAAAGAAAGAUAUAAGAAGCGAGUGGAUAGCUAUCCUGAUGUCCGCAUAAUUCUGGGACACCCAGUGACACGUUCCUGUCAGGCCUGUGAGCUGCAGAGAUACUGUAAGUUUACAGUGAUUCUCUCAGGAAAAUCGUACAACGGUGAAACCUUGGAAAUGGAUGACUUUAUGUCACAUGACAAGCAGAUAGCUUCCAGAGUGUAGGCGGAGCAGGGACUUCUCACCUGCUUAAGCUGCAAGGCACAUGUAGAAGAUCUGUCCGAGCUGCGCGCCAGCCCCAAUUGCCGCCCCGCAGCCCCUCUUUACAAGUGUGCAUCGGAAGUCAAGGUGUCAACCAGUGUCUCCAGAAAGAAUAAGUGUACCCUGUUGGUUCAGAUAUAUUCAGCACUUGAAAUUUCUCAGUUGGAAAGACCAAGCAUGACCUGUGUCUUAACAGUACCGUAAGGUUAAGUGUGCCGUUGAGUCUGGUGUCGACUCCUGGCGACCACAGAGCCCUGUGGUUGUUUUUUUGGUAGAAUACAGGAGGGAUUUACCAUUGCCUUCUGCUCAGUAUGAGAUUAUGCCUUUCAGCAUCUUCCUCCAUCACUGCUGCUUGAUAUAGGAGUUUCCCAUAUUCUUGGAAACAUACCAGCGGGGAUUCGAACCAGCAACUUCUGGCUUGCUAUUAAAGUAAUUAACCCGCUGCAGCAUUAGAUGGCUUGUGGAUGUUUUCCAUAUUAGAUAGAAAGCUCUCUGGUUAAGAGAUGGAUGCAUAUCUCUGGAAUAACCUUCAUGAGCUGCAUUCAGAACCCCUAUCCAUUAUUAGUGCUAGGAUUUGAGGAAAAAUUGGCCAGAUGAAAUAUGACAAGUUUUUAAUAUCUUUAUAACUGACUUAUCUUUUAUUAGCCUCUGUGUAUAAAUAAAUUCAGUAGUCAUAGGUGAGCAAAUGGGUAAUAUGUUAACUGAUGCACUCUAGAGACUUUACGUUGUGUAAAGUGAGAAUUAAAUACAUAGAAGCAACAUUUUGUCAUACUCCAUUUGUGUAUGGACAACAUCUGCUGUACAUAUGUGCAGUUUUAACUAGGUUGGUGUACCUGUGGGGCUCCUAAUUUUGCAUUCCUAACUCUCUAAAGUGAAGUGACUCCUUAGAUUUACACUGAUGUGACUGUUCUACUGUAUGAACCUAGGAUUUGCAGUGUUUAUGUUCAAUAACUAGGCUUUUUUAUUUCAUUCCCUUGCUGUUCAGUUAGUGUUGAACAGAGUAUGCUUUGUGACUUGCAGGUAAUAAGUGCAUACCAACAAAGAUGUAAUCCUUUAAAUUUAUUAUUUUAAGCUUGCCCCAGCCCCAAUGGCACCGGUAUUUUAACUCAAUAAAGCAGGUGAUUAUUUGGUGGCUUCUUGAACUGCCAUUUUUAGAGCAGCAGAGAGAGAAAGCUUGAGUCCAUUGCCAUCAGUGUUGCCUUUUCAAAAGUAAGGAGUCAAAAAUUGCUUCCAAUUGGGUAUCGAUAUUCCUCCAUGUAAAUGAUAUCAUUUAAUGUGUGACGUCCAUUGAUUUAGUUCAAGGAUUCCCAGCCUUGAGUCUACAGCCAUGGUGGCUUAGGGUGAUGGGAGUCACCGUUCAGCAUCUGGGGACAAGGUUAGGAACUCCUGGUUUAGUUGAUGAGAUAAUUUUAGUUCCCAUUCAUUGUCCAGGACCUGCCC